CUCACCGUCGCACACCUCUCAUCCUCCGCCGCACUCCCUCCCCGCCCACCCCAUUGCGCGGCCGGCCACAUGUGGGAGAGCGGCAGGCUGCCUCGCAAGCCGCAACUAUCCCUGAUCCUCGUGCCGUCGCCGUCGCCGUUGCCGCCUCCCCGCUUGAUCCUUCUCCCCAGAUCCCUCCUCGCGCUCGCUGCGCACGUCAUGCCUUUGCGCUGCCCCUCCCUGGUCAUCUUCCUCCUCCUCGCGCUCGCUCUUGCUCUCCCCCUCCUCUUCCUCCUCCUCUCCCCGUCCCCCCCCCCCCCCUCCGCCUCCGAUUUAGUGUUGGCGAGCUUCCAAACUUCCACCCUUCCUCUCUCUGGCUGCUCCUCUUUGUGCUCCGCUCGCUACUCGUUGGCGCACCAUGAAGAUCGCUGUGGAGGGGUGCAUGCACGGGGAACUAGACAAGGUCUACGACACGCUGCGCAGGAUAAAGGAGACUGAGGGCGUGAAGAUUGAUCUCCUCCUCUGUUGUGGCGAUUUCCA